AUGUCGCUGAUCAUCCUGUGGUCAGUUCUGGUGCUGACCCAAGGGGUUCCGCAGAAACCGAACCUGGAUGCCAUCCUGAACCGACGAACGGACGUCUACAUAGCAGGUUUCUUUCCUUUUGGAAAAGGAGUGGAAAAUUCCAACACUGGUCGAGGCGUUAUGCCGAGUGUCAAACUGGCGUUGGACCACGUCAACGAGCACGAUACGGUGCUGAGGAACUACCGCCUUCACAUGUGGUGGAAUGAUACUGAGUGUAAUGCGGCAGUUGGUGUCAAAUCAUUCUUCGACAUGAUGCACAGCGGUCCUCACAAGCUGAUGCUGUUUGGGGCUGCGUGUACGCAUGUGACGGAUCCUAUCGCAAAAGCUUCCAAGCACUGGCAUUUGACCCAGCUAUCAUACGCAGACACUCACCCAAUGUUCACCAAGGAGGCGUUUCCAAAUUUUUUUCGCAUCGUACCAUCGGAGAAUGCCUUUAACAUCCCACGAAUUCGCCUAUUGGAACACUUCAAUUGGACCAGGGUUGGGACUAUUUACCAGAACGAACCGAGAUAUGCUUUAGCCCAUAAUCGUCUUCUAGCUGAUUUGGACAACGGUAGUUUUGAAAUAGCUGAAACACAAAGCUUCGCUACCGAAGUACGAACGGCUCUCAAUAAACUAAAAGAAAAGGACAUUCGGAUAAUCUUAGGAAACUUCAAUGAAACCUGGGCUAUGCGGAUAUUCUGUGAGGCUUACAAGUUAGAAAUGUACGGGCGAGCAUAUACUUGGCUUCUUCUGGGUACAUACAGUCAUAAGUGGUGGCAACGACGUGCGCCAUGCCCUCAAGAAGAAUUGACGACUGCGCUGGAUACGGCAAUACUAACAGAUCUACUACCACUGUCUACUACCGGCGAGACCACUGUUUCUGGUAUAACCGCGAAAGACUACCAAGUAGAAUAUGACCGAAGGAGAGGGGUUGAAUAUUCACGGUUUCACGGUUACACUUAUGAUGGGAUCUGGGCGAUGGCUCUAGCAAUUCAAACGGUGGCACAUCGCGUUAAGAUAAAGUAUAAAGAGAAAACAGUACAAGACUUUAAAUAUAGAGACAAAGAGUGGGAGCAGUUGUUUUUGGAUGCCCUUACCAAUGUUACGUUUGAAGGAGUAACGGGUCCUGUUCGCUUCUAUGACAAUGAGCGGAAAGCGUCAAUUUUGCUGAAGCAGUUUCAAGGUGAUCUAGUUGGUGAAAUCAAAGUUGGAGAGUACUGUGCGGAAAGAGAUCACCUUGAUUUGAGCAGUGGAGAUCCUUUUAAAUGGAUUGGCAAAAAUCCACCAAAAGAUAGAACUUUAAGAUUGAUUGAACACACACAAGUGAAUCUUACCAUUUACAUAGUUUUAGUGUCUUGCUCAUGUAUUGGUAUUCUGCUGGCGACUGGUUUUCUAGCUAUGAACAUUCACUAUCGAAAUCAGAGGUACAUCAAAAUGUCAUCUCCGCACUUGAAUAACCUCAUCAUCGUCGGUUGUAUGCUCACUUACCUCAGUGUCAUCUUCCUCGGUUUGGACUCCAGUCUCAGCAGUAUAGCUGCAUUCCCUUAUAUAUGCACCGCGCGAGCUUGGCUACUGAUGGCAGGUUUCAGUCUGGCUUUCGGAGCCAUGUUUUCUAAGACUUGGCGAGUCCACUCCAUUUUCACUGAUGUCAAACUUAAUAAAAAGGUCAUUAAAGACUACCAAUUGUUCAUGGUUGUGGGAGUACUACUAUGCGCAGAUCUCGCAAUUAUGUUGACCUGGCAAAUAUCAGAUCCCUUCUAUAGGGCGACUAAGCAAAUGGAAGCAUACCCUCAUCCAACAAGUGAAGACAUUGUAAUAGUUCAAGAAAACGAGUACUGCCAAUCUGAACGCAUGCCUAUAUUCAUCGGUGUUAUUUACAUUUACAAAGGAUUGCUUUUGGUAUUCGGCGCAUUCUUGGCCUGGGAGACAAGGCACGUAUCCAUCCCGGCUUUAAACGAUUCCAAACACAUCGGUUUAUCCGUUUACAACGUACUUAUCAUGUGCAUCAUGGGGGCUCCAAUAGCUUUGGUACUCGCUGACCACAAAGAUGCUCUCUUCGUUCUGAUCUCAAUCUUCAUCAUAUUCUGUACAACCGGUACUCUGUGCUUGGUGUUUGUACCAAAGCUUUUAGAAUUACGUCGUAACGGCCAACCUGGAGCACAAGGCACCAGGAUCCGGGCUACUCUUAAACCAACUUCUACUCACGAAGUGCGUUCUCCGGGACCGGAACUGGAGAGGCGAUUGAAGGAAUUGAGGCAAUAUAACAACAGAUACAGACGGACGUUACAAGCGAAGGAAACUGAAUUACAGAUGCUACUCAGUAAGCUUGGAGAUGAUGCGGACUCUUCAAUACGCGAUAAGUCACCUGCAACUCAACGAACCAAGCUUCAUUUACCUAAAGAAAACAUUAGUCACCCAGAGACAAGCGAUAUAACAUCUACCUGCAGUUUGAGUGCUUCAGCUGGCGGAGAGAAUGAAUACAUUAACUUACAAACCACUAUUACUACAGAUAAACCGAAGCCCAUAGUGCAAGAUUCGAAAGAAAUGAAGGAGCCAAGGAAAGAACAAACUAAAAACGUUUCCUUCAAGAACCACCUAGAUUACACCAGUCCACCACCUUCUAAGGCGGUUCCAGAGAAAGAUCAGCUUGCUAAACUACCAUAUGGCUGGUCUGCAUCAGAGGAACAGGAAGUGCCAAAAGCGAUAAUUCAAAAAACAAGUGAGCCCGCUAAAGCUGAAGCAAAAACCAUCCCAGCACUAAAACCUAGCGAUACACCUACAGCCAAGUCAGUGCCUGCAAAAGUACAGGAACCGAUGUAUACUAAAGCAGCUCCACCUAAGGUUAAUAAGACUCCAGAACUACCAAAGAAGCAGAUAAAAACGCCAGAAGAUAUAAAGACUCCGCCCCGCGACUAUAAAUCCGGUCGUGGCCAUCGACGAAUGUCUAGUUCUGGUCACGUUCUCCUUAACGACCUCAUGCGAGUCUCUAUGGAUGACCAGGAACCACCGCCUGGGCUGGAAAGGAAAGUUAUAGGCCAAGAAAGAGAUCCCCCAAUUCCUCCCAAACCUAAGCAAGAGCCAGAAGAUAUUUUGGAUUUAGAUAUUGACUAUUCUUCAAUGGAAAGAAGGAAGUCCUGCCAAAGACGAGAUUCGGAGAAACGCAAGAAAGAGUAUAUAGUUGUUCAAAGUGACUUAUGGGACACGAAUACAUUCCAGUACACUUGCCAGAAAUCGCCACAAACAACGCACGCGCAUUCACCAAUACAAAGAAGUGUUUCUGAGAAAAGCAGACAGCAAUCUUCACCGCGGCAUCACAGGGAACCAGACACCAAGAGCAUGGAAAGAAGAGCUUCAAAUACAUCAAUUAAUCAUACUGGCCCGCGUGGUGGAACACCAGAAGGCUAUCGGGAAGCAGAAACUCUACGUAUGUCUGACCGGAACUCAAAGCGCCGCGGUUCGGAGUUCCCUCAACCAGUCAGCACUCCUCCUAAUCAAGUCUUGACCAAGAGAAGACAGUCCGCAGCCCAGAUGCGGUAUCAAGAAGAAAAACCGGAAAAGAUCGAAGUCCAGAAGAAAGAAGAAGCGCGAAAGACUGAAAGGUCUCCUGACGUCGCCAAACCAAUUCACGAAACGGAAACGUGGAAACCAGACCCUGAUACUAUAAGGGUUUCAAAAGGUCAAGAAUCCCCAGCAAAACGUCUGCGUCAAGAAGCGGAACCGCUUAAACGCGCCAUGGGUGGUGAAACGCCAAAACUAACACAACCUGCGCCUGCGCCGGCGCCUCCACGACCUGUUCACCAUAAAAGUAGUCCUAAUGUCGCUGCAAGGAAGUGCGAAUCACCAAGCAGACGAGAAGAGCGCAAAUCGGCAUAUUCUCGUACAGACUCGAAACGCCAAGACUCCUCGGAUAGGAAAAUGUACGCCGCCAGCUCAGAAUCGGAGCUGUUCGAAUACGCCAUCCUUCCCAUAUUCCAAAAACUAUCUGACAGAGAGGCACAAAAGUCAGCCACAUGGACUGAACCUCAGCUAUGGUGUUAG